AUGACCGUCACCGAGACGAUCAAGAACGCCGUCGGCCUCGGCGGCAGCAACAGCGCCUCCCGCGAGGAAAUGUCGGCGGCCAAGCUGCCGAUCCCGUACCGCGACAGCUGCGCGCACCUGCUCAUCCCGCUCAACCGCUGCCGCUACGAGGAGUACUACUUGCCCUGGAAGUGCGAGGACGAGAGGCACACGUACGAGAAGUGCCAGUACGAGGAAUUCAAGAGGCGGGUCGCGAAGAUGGACGAGCUGAAGCAGGCUGCGGACUACAAGAGAGGCAACUGA